UCAGCUACAGGACAGGAUGCUGGGAAAGUGACGUCACCGUCCUCUCUGGGGGCGAGGCGACUUCGCCGAAGUUCCGAACGCCUUCCGGAAACAGCCGAGCGGAGCCGAACGUCCCCAACCAAAAUGGCGGCGGCUGUGGAGGUGAUGAUGGCUCGGUGGAAGCAGUGAGUGACCCAGCUUGUCGCCGCCACUGUCCAACAAGGCGUCUCGCUUUGCAUCACGGUUGUAUUGUUUCCGCGCAGCUUUUGGAUUGCUCUGCAAGCCUUCCAUAGACCCCGGAGUCUCGUCUUUACUGUUCGUCCCCUCCCCCUCAGAAACGUCCGAAGGCCUUGGAGCCGCUAACAACACAAACACCGGCCGACGGGGCCGCGAUCAGCACCCUCCAUGCUCAGGACGCGGUCCCUUCACGAACGAUGUGUGAAAUCUGUGCAGAUCUGGUGGAGGUGUUGAACGAGAUCUCGGACUCUGAAGGCAAUGAUGGAUUACAGCUCAGAAAAGAACAUGCUCUCAAGAUAUUUGCAUACAUUAAUUCCUGGACACAGAGGCAGUGUCUGUGUUGUUUUAAGGAGUAUAAGCAUUUGGAAAUCUUUAACCAAGUUGUCUGUGCCCUUAUUAAUUUGGUAAUUGGCCAAGUCCAAGCCCUUCGGGACCAGCUUCUGAAAAUUUGCACUACUAGCCCUGAUUCUAAUUGGCAGGAUGACCAUAACCCAUCGGAGGAGCUGCUAAAUGUAGAAAAGGAGCCCCAAGAUGAGGAGGGGGAGGAGGAGAGGCUCAAACAACCAUGCAAGCCCCAAGAAAAGACGCUCGAUAACACAAGAACUUGUAACCUGACUGAAGAAGAAUCAAUAAAAAGCACUGACCUGUUUAAUUUAUGGAGUACUGACGAAAAAGAAAAACUGUUGUUGUGUGUGGCAAAAAUCUUUCAAAUUCAGUUUCCUCUCUAUACUGCUUACAAGCAUAACACACAUCCCACCAUAGAGGAUAUCUCUGCUCAAGAAAGCAAUGUCUUAGGGGCCUUCUGUGAUAUGAAUGAUGUAGAAGUACCUUUGCACCUUCUCCGUUAUGUUUGUUUGUUUUGUGGAAAGAAUGGACUUUCUCUCAUGAAGGAUUGUUUUGAAUAUGGCACUCCCGAGACACUUCCCUUUCAAAUUGCGCAUGCAUUCAUCACUGUUGUAUCAAACAUCAGGAUAUGGCUACACAUCCCUGCUGUUAUGCAGCACAUUAUCCCAUUUAGGACGUAUGUUAUAAGGUAUUUGUGUAAAUUGUCAGACCAGGAGCUGCGGCAGAGCGCAGCACGCAACAUGGCCGAUCUAAUGUGGAGUACAGUUAAAGAGCCUUUGGACACAGCUUUGUGCUUCGAUAAGGAGAGCCUUGAUUUGGCUUUCAAAUAUUUUAUGUCACCUACAUUAACGAUGAGACUUGCAGGUCUAAGUCAGAUUACGAACCAACUGCACACAUUUAAUGAUGUCUGCAAUAACGAAUCUUUGGUUUCUGACACUGAAACAUCUAUAGCAAAAGAGCUUGCAGACUGGCUUAUCAGCAAUAAUGUAGUGGAACAUAUUUUUGGACCAAAUUUACAUAUAGAGAUUAUAAAGCAGUGCCAAGUUAUUCUAAACUUUUUGGCUGCAGAAGGUCGGCUGAGCACUCAACACAUUGACUGUAUUUGGGCAGCAGCACAGUUAAAACAUUGCAGCCGAUACAUACAUGACCUGUUUCCAUCGUUGAUCAAAAACUUGGAUCCGGUGCCUCUGAGACAUCUACUCAACCUGGUAUCAGGUCUGCAUCCUAGCGCACACACGGAGCAGACCUUGUACUUGGCAUCAAUGCUGAUUAAAGCCCUCUGGAAUAAUGCACUAGCAGCUAAAGCUCAGCUUUCUAAGCAGAGCUCAUUUGCCUCAUUACUGAAUACUAAUUUACCAAUGGGGAAUAAGAAAGGUUCUCCAGCAGCAAGCCCUCAGAGCAGUGACAACAGUGACACUCAUCACAGUGGGGAAAGUGACAUUGAAAUGGAUGAACAAAUUCUGAACAGGUCGAAACAUGUGCAGCAGCGGCUGUCAGACACAGAGGAAUCUAUGCAAGGGAGCUCAGAUGAAACAGCCAACAGUGGAGAAGAUGCAAGCAGCGUGCCUGGAAGCAGUAGUGGGCACAGUGAUGGGUCAAGCAAUGAAGUAAAUUCCAGCCAUGCAAGUCAGUCUGCUGGUAGCCCAGGCAGUGAGAUGCAUUCUGAAGAUAUUGUUGAUAUGGAAGCACUAAAAGAAGACGAUGAGGAAGAUGAGCAUUCCAUUAACACUGCAAAAAACAGAGUUGUUGAACUUCAAAAAAGAAAGCUGGAAUCUCAAGCAGGCAUAUGUUUAGGAGAGUCACAGGGUCCAGGAGAGAGAAACACAGCAAACAAUGGGUCAGGCAAAGAUUUAGCCUUUAAUUCUGAAUCAGUUCGUAUUUUGGAUGCCUGUUCACAUCCGGAAGAAUCUGAGCGUGAUAUGACAGGAGAAAUAAGCACUGGCCAUAUACAGGGUUCCAUUGAUUCUUGCAUUGCUCGAUCUGGUGACUUCCUUGGAGAAGCCAUUGGGAACGAACUCUUCAAUUGCAGGCGAUUUAUUGGACCUCAACAUCAUCACCACCAUCACCAUCAUCACCACCAUCAUCAUCAUCACCACCACCAUCACCACCACCACCAUGAAGGACACAUGGGGGACGAUAUGUUGAGCGCAGACGAUGUCAGCUGCAGUAGCUCACAAGUCAGUGCAAAAUCAGAGAAAAACAUGGCAGACUUUGAUGGUGAGGAGUCUGGCUGCGAAGAGGAACUGGUACAGAUCAAUUCACACGCAGAGCUUACCUCUCAUCUCCAGCAGCACCUUCCCAACCUGGCUUCUAUUUACCAUGAGCAUCUGAGUCAAGGCCCUUCUGUACACAAGCACCAGUACAACAGCAAUGCCAUGGUUGAUAUUAACCUGGAUAAUGUUUGUAAGAAAGGCAAUACACUGCUGUGGGAUCUGGUCCAAGAUGAUGAUGCGAUUCACCUCUCUGAAGGCUUAAUAAACGAAGCUGAGAAGCUGCUCUGUUCUCUGGUUUGCUGGUUUACGGACAGGCAGAUCAGAAUGCGGUUCAUUGAAGGCUGCUUGGAAAACCUUGCUAAUAACAGAUCUGUUGUUGUAUCCCUCCGACUUCUUCCCAAGUUAUUUGGAACCUUUCAACAGUUUGGAAGUAGUUAUGAUACCCACUGGAUAACAAUGUGGGCAGAGAAGGAACUGAACAUGAUGAAACUCUUUUUUGAUAACCUAGUACACUACAUUCAGUCUAUCAGAGAUGGACAGCACAAGCAUGCUCUGUACAGCCACAGUGCUGAAGUUCAAGUUCGUCUGCAGUUUUUAACUUGUGUUUUUUCCACACUGGGAUCGCCAGAUCAUUUCAGGCUAAGUUUAGAACAGGUAGACAUUCUUUGGCAUUGCCUUGUGGAAGACACAGAGUGCUAUGAUGAUGCUCUUCACUGGUUUUUAAACCAGGUCCGUAGCAAAGAUCAGCAUGCCAUGGGAAUGGAGACAUACAAGCAUCUUUUUUUAGAGAAGAUGCCUCAGUUAAAACCCGAAAUCAUUAGUAUGACCGGUUUAAACCUUUUCCAGCAUUUGUGCAAUUUUGCUCGCCUUGCAACUAGUGCUUACGAUGGUGGAUCAAAUUCUGAGCUGUGUGGCAUGGAUCAGUUUUGGGGCAUUGCUUUAAGGGCGCAUUCUGGAGAUGUCAGUCGCGCAGCAAUCCAGUAUAUCAACUCAUAUUACAUUAACGGAAAAAUGGGAUUAGAGAAGGAGCAUGAAUUUAUUAGUAAAUGUAUGGAGAGCCUUAUGAUCGCUUCCAGUAACCUUGAGCAGGAUUCUCAGUCGAGUCUCACUAUAAUUGAAAGGGGACUUUUAAUGCUAAAGACCCACCUUGAAGCAUUCAGACGAAGGUUUGCAUAUCAUCUAAGGCAAUGGCAAAUAGAAGGCACUGGCAUUAGCAGCCACUUGAAAGCAUUAAAUGACAAGCAGUCAUUACCGCUAAGAAUUGUGUGCCAGCCAGCAGGCCUUCCUGAUAAGAUGACUAUAGAAAUGUACCCAAGUGAUCAGGUGGCUGACUUAAGGGCAGAAGUAACACACUGGUAUGAGAAUUUGCAAAAGGACCAAAUGAACCAGCAGGCACAACUCCAAGAGUUCGGACAAAGCAGUAGGAAAGAUUUCCCUGGUGGUCUAAUGGGUCCAGUCCGAAUGAUUUCAUCUGGUCAUGAACUGACAACUGAUUACGAUGAAAAGACUCUUCAUGAACUUGGCUUUAAGGAUAUGCAGAUGGUGUUUGUAUCCUUGGGUGCCCCACGCCGAGAGCGAAAAGGUGAAGGUAUACAGCUGCCUGCAUCAUGCCUACCCCCACCACAAAAAGAGAACAUACCAAUGCUUCUGCUACUACAAGAACCUCAUCUUUCUACGCUCUUUGGCUUGUUAGAAAUGCUGGCCUCUUUUAAGCCUCCAUCUGGAGAAAUGGUUAUGGAAGAUGUUGAGAGUGCAAGAUGUGAAGAGCUGCAUCUCCAUGCAGAAAACCUAUCCAGGCGUGUCUGGGAGCUACUCAUGUUGCUUCCUACCUGCCCCAACAUGCUGCAGGCUUUCCAAAAUGUUUCAGAUGAGCAGGGUAAUGAUGUGCCUUGUUGGAAGGACUUGCUUAGGAUAAAAAGUGCUCAUAAACUCCUAUAUGCUUUAGAAAUUAUCGAAGCUCUGGGAAAACCAAACCGAAGAAUACGAAGAGAAUCCACAGGUAGUUACAGCGACUUGUAUCCAGACUCUGAUGAUUCAAGUGAAGAUCAAAUUGAAAACAGUAAAAACACAUGGAGCUGCAAGUUUGUGGCUGCAGGAGGUCUCCAGCAACUGAUUGAGAUAUUCAAUUCAGGAAUUUUGGAACCUAAAGAACAGGAAUCCUGGACAGUAUGGCAGCUGGACUGUUUAGCAUGUUUGCUAAAGUUGAUCUGCCAGUUUGCUGUGGAUCCAACAGACUUGGAUCUGGCCUAUCAUGAUGUUUUUGCCUGGUCUGGAGUAUCAGAAAGCCACAGAAAAAGGGCAUGGCCUGGCAAAUCAAGAAAGUCUACAGGAGAACAUCCAAAGGGCCUUCACAUACCACGUUUAACGGAGGUAUUUCUAGUCCUUGUCCAAGGAACCUGUUUGAUUCAGCGGUUAAUGUCUGUAGCCUAUACGUAUGACAAUUUAGCACCAAGGGUACUGAAAGCCCAGUCAGAUCACAGGUCCAGGCAUGAAGUAACACAUUAUUCAAUGUGGCUCCUGGUCAGCUGGGCUCACUGUUGCUCUAUGGUGAAAUCCAGCCUUGCAGACAGCGAUAAUUUGCACGAUUGGCUCAAAAAAUUAACCCUUCUUAUUCCAGAGACUGCAGUUCGCCAUGAAGCGUGUAAUGGCUUGUACAAGCUUUCCCUGUCUGGUCUUGAUGGUGGGGACUCUAUAAAUCGCUCUUUUUUGCUUCUGGCAGCAUCCACCUUAUUAAAGUUCCUUCCUGACGCUCAAGCUCUGAAGCCAGUGCGGAUGGAGGACUAUGAGGAAGAAAUUAUUUUACGACCUGGAUGUAAAGAAUAUUUUUGGUUACUGUGUAAGCUGAUUGAUAAUAUCCAUGUCAAAGAUGCCAGCCAGACAACACUACUUGAUUUAGAUGCCCUUGCGCGACAUUUGGCUGACUGUAUAAGAAGCCGAGAAAUCUUCGACUACCAGGAUGGAAACGUAGAAGAUGAUGGAAUGACUGGCCUUCUAAGGCUUGCUACCAGUGUCAUCAAACAUAAGCCCCCUUUUAAGUUUUCUAGAGAGGGUCAGGAGUUCCUCAGAGAUGUUUUUAAUCUCCUUUUCUUGCUGCCAAGCUUGAAAGACAAAUUGCAGCCGAAAUGUAAAACUCAUUCUUCCCGAGCUGCUGCUUAUGACCUCUUAGUGGAAAUGGUGAAAGGCUCAGUGGAGAACUACAGGCUGUUACAUAACUGGGUAAUGGCGCAACACAUGCAGUCUUCCCAUGCCCCCUACAAAUGGGAUUAUUGGCCCCAUGAUGAUGUCAGAGCUGAAUGCAGGUUUGUUGGCCUGACUAACCUUGGGGCAACAUGCUAUCUGGCUUCCACCAUUCAGCAGCUCUACAUGAUCCCUGAGGCCAGGCAAGCCAUCUUUACUGCAAAGUAUUCAGAAGAUAUGAAGCAUAAAACAACUUUGCUGGAGCUCCAAAAAAUGUUUACAUAUUUAAUGGAAAGUGAAUGCAAAGCUUACAAUCCAAGGCCGUUCUGUAAGACAUACACAAUGGAUAAACAACCUCUUAAUACAGGGGAACAGAAGGAUAUGACAGAGUUCUUUACAGAUCUUAUUACAAAAAUUGAAGAAAUGUCGCCUGAACUGAAAAAUACUGUCAAAAGCUUAUUUGGGGGUGUCAUUACAAACAAUGUGGUUUCCUUGGAUUGUGAGCAUGUAAGUCAGACUGCUGAAGAGUUCUACACAGUCAGGUGCCAGGUAGCAGAUAUGAAGAACAUCUAUGAAUCAUUGGAUGAAGUCACUAUCAAGGACACACUGGAAGGUGACAACAUGUACACGUGCUCUCACUGUGGCAAGAAGGUUCGAGCUGAAAAGAGAGCCUGCUUUAAGAAGCUGCCACAAAUAUUAAGCUUUAAUACCAUGAGGUAUACCUUUAAUAUGGUCACCAUGAUGAAAGAAAAAGUCAACACGCACUUCUCUUUCCCACUUCGGCUGGACAUGACACCAUAUACAGAAGAUUUUCUGAUGGGGAAGAAUGACCGAAUAGAAGGAUUUAAAGAGGAUUGUGAAGAGCUAAAGCAGACGGAGAGUUAUGAGUAUGAUUUAAUAGGGGUCACUGUUCAUACCGGAACGGCUGAUGGAGGCCACUACUAUAGCUUCAUCCGAGACAUAGUGAAUCCUCAUGCUUAUAAGAAUAAUAAGUGGUAUCUUUUCAAUGAUGCCGAAGUAAAACCAUUUGACUCUGCUCAGCUCGCAUCUGAGUGUUUCGGUGGCGAAAUGACAACAAAAACAUAUGACUCUGUAACUGACAAAUUUAUGGACUUCUCAUUUGAAAAGACCCACAGUGCAUAUAUGCUGUUUUACAAGAGAGUGGAGCCAGAAGAGGAAACUGGAAGAGAAUUCAAAUUUGAUGUCUCCUCAGAGCUUCUAGAGUGGAUCUGGCAUGACAACAUGCAGUUUCUGCAAGAUAAGAAUAUUUUUGAGCAUACCUAUUUUGGGUUCAUGUGGCAGCUCUGCAGCAGCAUUCCAAGUACAUUACCGGACCCCAAAGCAGUUUCUCUAAUGACAGCAAAGCUUAGUACAUCAUUUGUCCUGGAGACUUUUAUCCAUUCAAAGGAAAAGUCAACAAAGAAGAAGCAGGAUUGGAGGAUACUGGGGAGGAAGCCCACAAUGCUCCAGUGGAUUGAGUUACUAACUAAGCAGUUUAACAACAGCCAAGCAGCUUGUGAGUGGUUCUUGGAUCGCAUGGCAGAUGAUGACUGGUGGCCUAUGCAGAUUUUGAUCAAGUGUCCAAAUCAGAUUGUCAGACAGAUGUUCCAGCGUCUUUGUAUUCAUGUCAUUCAGAGGCUGAGACCAGUACAUGCACAUCUGUAUCUGCAGCCGGGCAUGGAAGAUGGUUCUGAUGACAUGGAUGGUCCCGUGGAAGACAUAGGCAGCCGCUCCUGCGUCACUCGCUUUGUGAAGACAUUGCUAUCAAUUAUGGAACAUGGUGUUAAACCUCAUAGUAAACAUCUGACGGAGUACUUUGCCUUUCUCUAUGAGUUUGUCAAAAUGGGAGAAGAGGAGAGCCAGUUCCUGCUGUCCCUCCAAGCAAUUUCAACUAUGGUACAUUUUUAUAUGGGAACCAAAGGACCUGAAAAUCCCCAGGUUGAAGUGCUUUCUGAAGAAGAGGAGGGAGAAGAGGAGGAAGAAGAAGAUAUUCUGUCAUUAGCUGAAGAAAAGUACCGGCCGGCUGCUCUUGAAAAGAUGAUUGCUCUGAUAGCUUUCCUGGUUGAGCAGUCUCGCUCAGAAAGGCAUCUUACAUUGUCCCAGAAUGAUAUGGCUGCACUAACUGGAGGAAAGGGCUUUCCAUUUCUCUUCCAACACAUACGAGAUGGAAUUAACAUCAGACAAACCUGCAAUCUCAUUUUCAGCCUAUGUAGAUAUAAUAAUCGUCUUGCAGAGCAUAUUGCUUCUAUGCUGUUUACGUCAAUUGCAAAGCUGACACCCGAGGCUGCAAACCCUUUCUUUAAGCUGCUAACCAUGAUCAUGGAGUUUGCUGGAGGUCCCCCUGGGAUGCCACCUUUUGCUUCCUACAUUUUACAAAGGAUAUGGGAGGUUAUAGAAUACAACCCUUCUCAGUGUCUGGAUUGGCUGGCAGUGCAGACUCCUCGCAACAAGUUGGCACACAACUGGGUGUUACAGAACAUGGAAAACUGGGUGGAGCGUUUCUUACUUGCGCACAACUAUCCUAGAGUUAGAACUUCUGCAGCCUACCUGUUGGUGUCGCUAAUUCCAAGCAACUCUUUCCGUCAGAUGUUCCGAUCGACCCGCUCCCUUCACAUUCCCACAAGAGAUUUGCCCCUUAGUCCAGAUACAACGGUGGUGCUUCACCAAGUGUACAAUGCCCUUCUAGGCCUUCUGUCAAGAGCAAAACUGUAUGUUGAUGCUGCUGCACAUGGUACUACAAAGUUGGUUCCUUACUUUAGCUUCAUGACUUAUUGCUUGAUCUCUAAGACGGAAAAGCUCAUGUUUUCCACGUAUUUUAUGGACCUGUGGAAUCUUUUCCAACCCAAACUGUCUGAGCCAGCUAUUGCUACGAACCACAACAAGCAGGCUUUGCUCUCCUUCUGGUACAACGUCUGUGUUGACUGCCCCGAAAAUGUGCGCCUUAUUGUUCAGAAUCCCGUGGUGACUAAAAAUAUCGCCUUUAACUAUAUUCUGGCUGACCAUGAUGACCAGGAUGUAGUUCUUUUUAACCGCGGGAUGCUGCCAGCUUACUAUGGCAUUCUUCGAAUGUGCUGUGAGCAGUCUCCUGCCUUUACCCGUCAGCUUGCCUCACAUCAGAACAUUCAGUGGGCUUUUAAAAACCUCACUCCACAUGCCAGCCAGUACCCUGCGGCUGUGGAGGAGCUUUUUAACCUCAUGCAGCUCUUUGUAGCUCAGAGGCCAGAUAUGAGAGAGGAAGAACUGGAAGAUAUAAAACAGUUUAAGAAAACUACGAUCAGCUGCUAUUUGCGUUGUUUGGAUGGGCGUUCCUGCUGGACAACAUUAAUAAGUGCCUUCAGAAUAUUGCUGGAAUCUGAUGAAGACAGAUUGCUUGUUGUAUUUAACAGAGGAUUAAUCUUAAUGACAGAGUCCUUUAACACCUUGCACAUGAUGUAUCAUGAAGCUACAGCCUGUCAUGUAACUGGAGACUUGGUGGAACUUUUGUCUAUAUUUCUGUCUGUCCUUAAAUCUACUCGCCCUUACCUGCAGAGAAAAGAUGUUAAACAAGCUUUGAUUCAGUGGCAAGAAAGAAUUGAAUUUGCACACAAGCUCCUAACAUUAUUAAAUUCUUACAGUCCUCCAGAACUAAGAAAUGCCUGCAUAGAUGUCCUGAAAGAGCUUGUACUGCUGAGCCCUCAUGACUUUCUGCACACUCUGGUCCCGUUUCUGCAGCACAAUCAUUGUACAUAUCAUCACAGUAAAAUCCCAUUGUCGCCUGGUCCCUACUUUCCCUGUCGCGAGAACAUGAAACUAAUAGGAGCAAAAACCAAUAUCCGUCCACCUCGUCCUGAGCUGAACAUGUGCCUCUUGCCCACAAUGGUUGAAUCGAAUAAGGGUAAAGAUGAUGUAUAUGACCGCAUGCUGCUAGAUUACCAUUCUUCCUACCACCAGUUUAUUCACCUGCUCUGCCGUGUUGCCAUCAACUGCGAAAAGUUUACAGAAACUUUAAUUAAGCUAAGUGUCUUAAUUGCAUAUGAAGGACUCACCCUACAUCUUGCAUUAUUUCCCAAGCUCUGGACUGAGCUGUGCCAAACACAGUCGACAAUGGCUAAAAGCUGUACAAAGCUGCUGUGUGAAGAUCCAGAAUUUGCCGAGUAUAUUAAAUGCAUUCUAACGGAUGAAAGACUUUUUCUCAAUAACAACGUCGUAUACACUUUCUUAACACAUUUCCUUGCAAAGGUUCAAAGUCAGGUGUUCUCUGAAACCAACUGCACAAACCUUAUGAAUACCAUAAUUACAAACCUCGUCAACCAGUAUCAAAAUGCUGAAUCUGAUUUCGGCAACAGAGUUGACGUUUCCAAAGCAAGCAGCACUUUAAAUGGGGAUCUUCGAGCCCUCGCUCUGCUCCUUUCAGUCCACACUCCCAAACAGCUCAACGCAGCCUUAAUUCCAACUCUGCAAGAACUCCUGAGCAAAUGCAGAGCGUGUCAGCAACAGAGAAACUCGUUACAAGAGCAAGAAGCCAAAGAAGGUAAAACUAAAGAUGAUGAAGGUGCUACUCCAGUGAAAAGGAGACGAGUUAGCAGCGAUGAGGAGCAUAUGGUUGAUAGCUGCAUCAGUGAUCUCAAGAACGACCGAGAAGUCUCCACCCCGACGAGCACGUCCGACAACGAAACCAGGGACUCUUUGAUCAUCGAUCCAGGAACAGAGCAAGAUCCACCCUCUCCUGAAAACAGCUGCUCUAAAGAAUUCAGAAUAGAAGUUUCCUCCUCGUUCUCAGAAGAUCUGAUGCUGUCAUCGAGGCCACAGCAAGCGGAAGACCAAACUGGCAACGGUAGCAAAUUUGAAGAUGGCAAAGAAAUGAAAGACCUUCCGAGUCCUAAGGACACUACGGUGACUGAAGAAGACAAUGAGCUUCCUUCUACCUCCAUUUCUGCAGUGCUGGCUGACUUAGCAGAUCUGAGGAGCUGUGAUGCUCAAGCGUUGUCCUCCCAGGAUUCCGACCUAAGCCUUUCUCUCAAUUGUGACCAUUCCAGGGGACUUUUUAGUCACGUACAACAAAAUGACAUUUUAGAGACCUUGUGCAGGACCAUUGAGUCCACUAUUCUUGUGCUCUCAAGGAUAUCAGGAAAAGAAAAUAAAGCUGCUUCUUGACAUUAGUGGUAGCAUGUCUGCUUUUAAUUCUUUUUGUUUUUCUUCUUUCUUUUUUUUUUUUAAGCCGUUUGUAUAACAAGUUUUGCAAAUUUAGUUGUGUGCUUCAGUUUGUCAAGUGCUUUCUGCUUGAAUGGCGAGAUAAAUCGACAUGCUUUAUUCUUGGUCAAGCAGAACUCCAGAAACCAGACUUGCAUCUACAGUACUGUUUGUAACGGGCAGUCAUAAUGGAUAUGUUUUAUGUAAUUCAGGUUUACUGUAGUGGCUUUUCAUUUAAUAUGGCCGCCUGGAAAUUGGGGACACCCCCCCCCACACUCCCCUUUGCCCAACAUGUAAUUUAAACGUGUCCUUUUUACCGUGUAUAAUAUGGUGUCCUCUGUGCCAGUUUUGUACCUUAUAAUAGAGGCAGGUUUGCCUCCGAUCUCUGUGGUUCUUAUUAUCAAAAUUAAGUUUACUUGUACUCAAACCACAAGAAAUUUGAUUCUGUAAAGAAUCCUCUCUAGCUGUGGCCUGGCAGUAUAUAUGGUGCUUUAUUUAACAGAAUACCUGUGGAGGACGUAAAGCACACUUGAUGUAAAAAACAAAAAAAAACAAAACAAACAAAAAAUAGUAAUUGUUUUAUUUUAUUGACAUGAUUGAACGCUAUUCUGUGCACUUCAUUAAACUAAUUGUGACGACUUUU